AAUCUUCAAAAAUGUUUUCCUUUCUUCACUACCUCAUCAUACUAACCUUUUCAAUUCCUUCAUGUUCUUUAACUAUGGCUCAAAACAAUAUCAAUGGCACUAUCAAUAUUGGUGCCACUCUCAAAUCUGGUGACAAACUCUUCUCAUCAUGGCUUUCUUCUUCAGGUGACUUUGCCUUUGGAUUUCAACAACUUCCCAACAACAACAAAGAUCUGUUCUUGCUAGCCAUAUGGUUCAACAAAUUACCUGAAAAAACAGUUGUAUGGUAUGCUGACACUCCCAACAAUCCAACCCCAAAAGGGUCCAAACUAGAGCUCACUACAGACAGAGGCCUAUUACUCACUGACCCUCAAAAUCAAGAGCUUUGGAAUUCUAACCCCAUUAUAAGUCAGGUAAAUAUGGCUCUUUUUAAUGAUAGUGGUAACUUUGUUCUUGUCAAUAAAAACUCUGAGAAGAUUUGGGAAAGUUUUAGUCACCCAACUGAUACUUUGUUACCAACUCAAGUAUUGGAAAAAGGAGAUGUGGUUUCUUCAAGGGCAUCAUUAAGUACUAACUUUUCUAAAGGAAGGUUUCAACUUUCUUUGGGUAAAGAUGGUAACUUUGUUCUUAAUAGUAUAAACUUACCAUCUGAAUUUACUAAUGAUAAUUACUACAUAAGGAGUACUGAUAAUACAGGUAAGCAGUUAGUGUUUAGUGAAUUAGGUAGUUUGUAUGUGUUGAGUGAGAACAAUGAGAUUUUUAUGUUGAGUAGUGGAGAGAAUGGUUCUAGUUCAGAUUAUUUUUAUAGGGCUACUCUUAAUUUUGAUGGUGUUUUUGGUGUUUAUAGUUAUCCAAAGAAUCCCACUAAGGGAAAUAGUUGGUCUGUUGUUUGGUCUAUACCAGAUAAUAUUUGUGUACAGAGUUUUGUGUUUGGAAGUAGUGGGGCUUGUGGUUAUAACAGAAUUUGUAGAUUGAAUGUUGAUAAGAGACCAGUUUGUGAAUGUCCAAGAGGGUUUUCUUUACUUGAUGUUAAUGAUGAGUAUAGAGGUUGUAAACCGAAUUUUCUUCAAAGUUGUGAAGAGGAUUCAAAGAGUUUAGUUGAGAGUGUUUACACAUUUCAAGAGAUUAAAGAUAUUGAUUGGCCAACUGGUGAUUAUGAGGUGCUUCAACCUUAUGAUACAGAGAAAUGUAAAGAGACAUGUUUGAAUGAUUGUAUGUGCGCGGUUGCUAUUUUUAGGAACAAUACUUGUUGGAAAAAGAAGCUACCUUUGACAAAUGGGAGAGUGGAUGACAAUAUUGAGGCAAGGGCUUUCAUUAAAGUUAGGAAAUCUGAUUUUCCUCUUGAGAAUCCUUCUUCUUCUUCAAUGACAAGGAACCGAAAUGUUUUGAUAAUUGUAGGCUCGGUCCUCUUAGGUACUUCUUUGUUUGUUAACUUUUUGUUGGUUGGGGGAGUUAGUAUGGGAUUCUUUUUCAUUUACAAGAAAAGGGUUAUUAAGUCUCAACAUGACAAAGAAGUUUCUCAUCUCAACUUAAGGUGUUUCACUUACAAAGAUCUCAUCGACGCAACAGAUGAGUUCAAGGAAGAGCUAGGAAGAGGUUCUUUUGGCAUUGUCUAUAAAGGAACUUUGAAAGACACUAAUGAGCAUGUUGCAGUUAAGAAGCUCGAUCGAGCUUUUCAAGACAGCGAAAAGGAGUUCAAAGCUGAAGUGAAUGUGAUCGGUCAUACACAUCAUAAGAAUCUUGUUAGAUUGGUUGGAUUCUGUGAAGAGGGAGAGCAAAGACUAUUGGUUUAUGAGUUCAUGAGCAAUGGAGCUCUAGCGGGGUUUCUUUUUGGUGACAUGAGACCAAGUUGGAACCAAAGAAUCGAAAUAGCUAUGGGAGUUGCUAGAGGAAUUUUGUACUUACAUGAAGAGUGCAUCACUCAAAUCAUUCAUUGUGAUAUAAAGCCUCAAAACAUACUUCUCGACGAGUCAUACAAUGCUCGAAUCGCAGACUUUGGAUUAGCAAAGCUAUUGUUGAUUAACCAGAGUCAUACUAACACUGCCAUUAGAGGGACAAAGGGAUAUGUGGCACCAGAAUGGUUUAGCAACAUGCCAAUCACAGUUAAAGUAGAUGUGUAUAGCUUUGGAGUGUUACUACUCGAAAUCAUCUGUUGUAGAAGAAAUGUUGAUAUUGAAAUUGGUGAUGAAGAAGAAGCCAUUUUAGUGUAUUGGGCUUAUGAUUGUUACAUUGAAGGAAGAUUGGAUGUAUUGGUUGGAAAUGAUAUGGAGGCCAUUCAAGACAUGAAGAGCUUUGAGAGGUUUUUGAGAGUUGCAAUUUGGUGUAUUCAAGAAGAUCCUUCUUUAAGACCUUCCAUGAAGAAAGUUAUGCUAAUGCUUGAAGGUAUUGUUCAAGUUUCUGCUCCACCAAGUCCUUUCUUGUUUGGUUCAAAUAUUUGAACCUUAAUAUAGAAAUGGAACUUAAUGCUUAGUAUAACCAUAAACUAGUUUAGCCGAAAUUAGUCUUCUUUCCAAGUUAUAUGUAAAUAUGUAUAUAUAUUUGCGCAAAUACUUAAAUUUAACUCUUACUUGUUA